GUUUUCAGAAGAAGCCUUUUGUAGACUGUUUGGGUGGGUUCCCUUCUUUUAUUUACUGAAUUCACCAGAGGUGACCAAGACACAAACAACGUCAAAAUGAAGUUCAUCAUUGGCAUUGGAGGAGUGACCAACGGUGGGAAGACCACUCUGACAAAUAGACUCCUAAAAAAGAUACCCAACUGCUGUGUGGUGCACCAGGAUGACUUUUUCAAGAAACCCGAUCAAAUAGAAGUCGGGGAGGACGGCUUUAGACAGUGGGAUGUGAUCGACGCCAUGGACAUGGAGGCCAUGGUCAACACUGUGAAAGGCUGGCAGGAGAACCCGGUCAAGUUUGCCCGCUCGCACGGCGUCAGCCUGUCACCUGAGGUUGGGGUAUCUGACUCGGAGGAGGGGAUCCAUAUCCUCAUCGUGGAGGGGUUCCUCAUCUACAACUACAAGCCUCUGAUUGACAUCUAUGACAAAUGUUUCUACAUUUCCAUUCCUUAUGAGGAGUGCAAAAGGAGGAGAAGUACAAGGACGUACACAAUGCCCGACCCCCCCGGCCUGUUCGAUGGCCACGUCUGGCCCAUGUACUUGAAACACAGGAAAGAGAUGGAGAACAACUGUGACAGAAUACAGUACCUUGAUGGGAUGACAUCAAAGGAUGAUAUCUACAACAAAGUACAUGAAAGUGUUCAGAACUCCCUGCUGAAUAACCUAUAGACAGACGGGGACGACAAGGAUUUGUGUAUAGACUUGUAAAUAUAACUUUGCUUCCGGGUGCAACACCGGUUCUGCACUUCUAGUCUAAAUUUGUAAAUAGUUCAUCCUGUAACUUAUUAAGAACUAAUGGCAGAAGUGUCGUGUUUUGUAUAGUCCUAUGUAAUUUUUUCUAAAAGAUAAGCCACCUCUGGACAGAUCUCCACUUUGAUCUUGUUGUUUGUGAACGUAGGAAACGUCCACUGGAGGAUCUGUGUCUCGCAAACCAAUGAAACGACUGAAACUAA